UGGACAGCUCACACGCUUAUUUUAAGAGCGGGACCAGAUCUCUUUUUCUCCCCGCUCAGUUGGCGUCUGGAACAUGCGUCUUUUUUUCUUUGCAUGGAAUGUUUUAGAAGCAUUCUACUUUUUUACUUAAAAGUCUUACAUCCGUGCGCUCUGGGGAUUAGCGAGUACAAAGUGCAGUGGGGUGCAUCCAAAAUGAGCUCUGUUCAUUGUGAUUUAGUGUACACACCUCCUUAUCUAAGUUGUCAAGAGGGAGGAUUCUUCUCUACAGUAACUUACCCAGAGCAAUAGAGAUAGUGGAGGGAUGGGAGGGGUGGGAGGAGUGAGAAGAACAGAGAAUGACUGUGAGGGAGUGAGCGUGCUUAACCCAGCCACUCAGUGACUCUUGUAUCCAAGGACGAAGGUAGCAACGCAUCCAAACGCCACUCUUCGCCCACGGAGCGCUGUGAAGAAAUGAGGCGGACACAUAGGCACUCAGCGGGGCUCGUAUAGACUCAACAACCUGCUGGCCCUUCUUCACAGGGCCCCUGAGGUCUGAUUUGUCUGUGUGGAGAGCCCGAGCUGACGGCCGAGCAGAUCAUGACCCCUGCUAGAAGGUGCAGACUUGAGAGGACGGUAGUAACAGGUGCUGCGUGCCAAGGUGGAUUUGGAGGUGUGGAGGAGAGCUGAAGAUCAUGGGUAAAUCAAACAGCAAGCUUAAGCCAGAAGUGGUGGAGGAGUUGACAAGGAAAACCUACUUUACAGAGAAAGAGGUGCAGCAGUGGUACAAAGGCUUCAUCAAGGAUUGUCCAAGUGGGCAGCUUGAUGCUGUGGGUUUCCAGAAGAUUUAUAAGCAGUUCUUUCCGUUCGGUGAUCCUACAAAGUUCGCUUCCUUCGUCUUCAACGUAUUUGACGAGAAUAAGGACGGACGCAUUGAGUUCUCUGAAUUCAUCCAAGCUUUGUCCGUGACUUCUCGGGGGACUCUGGAUGAGAAAUUAAGAUGGGCUUUUAAAUUAUAUGACCUUGAUAACGACGGCUACAUCACCCGUGACGAGAUGUUGAACAUCGUAGAUGCCAUAUAUCAGAUGGUGGGAAACACUGUGGAGCUGCCAGAAGAAGAAAACACACCUGAAAAGCGAGUGGACCGUAUUUUUGCAAUGAUGGACAAGAAUUCGGAUGGAAAGCUGACUCUGCAGGAGUUUCAGGAGGGCUCAAAGGCAGACCCCUCUAUUGUUCAGGCCUUGUCGCUCUAUGACGGGCUUGUGUAGGAAUAGAAGAUGGAACCAACUCAGCCUCCUCCUGUGCGUGACCCACCAAUCCAGCACCACCACACCUAUAACGGAAGGAUGCUACAUUUAACUUGCUACCCGAGAAGUGGACUGGAAACCUUUGCCGCACAGCCCUACAGCCUCUGUAUCAAGUAGCUUUUUGUCAACAUCUCCACUAAGGGUCGUGACUCAAUAUACCGUCUGAACAUUUCAGCAAAACUCUCAGUCAAGUUCCGUGUCUGUGCUUCUACAGCUUUGUGGCACCACAUACACCAUGCAAGUGUUGUGGACUAUAUACUAGCAUUACUGCAAGUUAAGUGUUAACGUGCGUCUUGUUCACAUACUGUAAAGCAGGGGAUGUGUGUGAAGCACCCAGAGGAACUGUGCUGCUGCUUCAACACCACAUGGAGGAACCCUAAACCCAGGAGAACCCGAACAAUGAACACUACUACAAAGCAGUACAGUGUAUAUUGUAUAAUGUAAAUAGAAUGGUAAUUUAUUUUCUGCUUUGCUGCAUUUAUGGGAAUAUCCUCAUAAAUAUGGAAUGAAGUUUUAUUUUUUAUCAAAGGUGUUGAAAUGUAUUUCACUGCAUCUGGAUUUAUUAUUAUGGGAUUGUUUGCUUCUCACAUUACGAACUUUCCCUUUCCUGAAGGUUUUUAUUUGCAGAAGGGCAGUGGAGGGGUGGGAGCUUUUCUAUGGAUUAUUUUACUAUGUUUGCGUCCUAUGCAUCCUAUUGUGGUCUCACGUCUCUGUUAGCACGAGCGUUGCACGAGUGUUGCACAGCAACAUCCUGAACGACACAACCAAGCAACAGCGAGUUCUCACAGUGGAGGCUCCCUCUUUCUUUUGAGUGCAUCGUACGCCGCCCUCAGCCGACACAAAGCCCUGCUCUUUGAGAGGCACAAACAUUCUUCAGCUCUGGUUGUAAAGCUUUUGCGAGCUUUGUAGUUGCAGUCGUCCACCUUGUGUUUGUGCAGAGCAUGUGAGGAUGCCUUUCUUUUUUUCAUUCUUGAAUUAAUUAGAACAUCAAGUGGUUUUAGCAGCUUAAUUGAUUUUAAGCCUUAUGCAAAAUAAAAUUUACUCCAUGAUAACUGUCAUUUAUUGUGAAUUAACGCUAAAAGUGCACAGAAUAAAACGCAUUUAAAUUGCAAUGAUUUCUAACACUGUACUUUUAGUUUGGAGGAAAAUUUGUUUAAUGUUGUACAUACACAUAUUCUGUUAGUUUACACAGCUGCUUUGUGGAAUUUAGUGUUGCUCUGAUGCUGUAUGUAAAAGAUGAACCUAUAGCUAAUGGUCACUAACCACCAAACCACUAAUUAUGUUACGUUGUAUUUAAAAUCAUUUUGAAUCCAGUAUUGCACUGAACAUGCUUUAGUGCCUGUUGUGCUUUGAAAUACAAAUUGAAAUGCCAGCUUGCUCUGUGGUAUAAGCCUGCACUGUAUGAUUGUAUAAUGAACAACAAACUGCAUAAAACUGAGAUGUCUUGGCA